AUGAUGGAGGAGCAUCAUAUCGAAGGCUUUGACGCUUCUUCCUUUUUUACACUGCACGAUUACGAUUCCUCCGGCUCGUGGACUACCGACGAGGUGCGCAAGACAUACGGCAUCGACGACGAGACCAACCAAGGAAAAAGCGAAGGCCAAAAGUCAGAUGCUGUUCGACAGGUUUUCAACCUGUUUGAUACUGAAAACACCGGUUUCAUUACCCGGGAUAAUUGGUUGAAAGGAAUUGCCGCUGGCACUCGGUUACCCGAUCUUGGAUUCGGCCCCGGACACCACGGUGACAUUGAGUACGAGUACGAGAUUCAUCACUUCGAGAAAUAUCACGGCGAUGAUGCUACGGAGGAAGAGUUGAACCAUCCGGAAGACAUCGAGCAUUUUCGCCAGCAUGAUGAAUUGGAGCGUGCUCAGAUGCGCCUCGACCAAUUGGAGCAAAUGGCAGUUGUUGUGAGCAAUAUUCCCUCGAAAUUUCGGCGCAAUUAG